AUGCGUCCAAUAUUAGAAAUCAUUCAAGCUAAGAAUAAUCGUCUCGAACAACUAAUUAAUGAUCAACAACAACAGAUCACAAAUAUCAAGGAACAAUGUCAAUCGCAACAACGUCAAAUUGAUGAAUUAACUACAAUAAUCAAAGCUUUGAAAGAUCAUAACGAUAUUUCAAUAAAGCGAAUGCUUGCCUUCGAGGAUUUGGUCGGACCACAUGUCGAUCUGGAUUCGUAUCAUCCUAUUCCUUCUAAUUAUGCUGGUUUUAAAUGGUGUAAUGGUGCCUUUAUGCCUCGACAGCAUGGCGAAACACGUUAUCCAAAUACUGGUUUUGACACUGUUUUUAAACAAGGUCAAAAAUGUGUCGCAUUCAAUUUCGGUUGUCAACCAAUGACUAUGCGCGAUUGUCGAAGUACAUUUUGUAUUUUAUCAUUUGAAGCGACAUGUGCCUUUCAAGAUGAAGUUAUUUUAAACGUCACAAGUCGACGUGCGGGAAAGACAAUUCAAACAACCACGUUCAUACUUCAUUACAAGAAAUUGAAGAUGUUUAAUUUGAACUGGAACAAUAUUGAUGAACUAGAAUUUUUGCCUACAGGUGGCAAGCAACUUCCAACAUCCACUGACACCGACAAACACGUGAUCUUGACAUGUCUAAAUUUCGGUUGA